UCUUCAGGUGUUGCGGCGGUUCCACGUCGCCAGGCGGUCCGCGGCUUCCGUGAGCUCAGGCUUCCCUCAGCGUCCGGAGCGCCGGCCCUUCGGCUCCCGCGCGGCCAUGGCGGGGCCGGGCCCGGGCCCGGGGGACCCGGACGAGCAGUAUGAUUUCCUGUUCAAGCUGGUGCUGGUGGGCGACGCGAGCGUGGGCAAGACGUGCGUGGUGCAGCGCUUCAAGACCGGCGCUUUCUCGGAGCGCCAGGGCAGCACCAUCGGCGUCGACUUCACCAUGAAGACGCUGGAAAUCCAGGGCAAGCGGGUCAAGCUGCAGAUCUGGGACACAGCUGGCCAGGAGCGAUUCCGCACCAUCACCCAGAGCUACUACCGCAGUGCCAACGGGGCCAUCCUUGCUUACGACAUUACCAAGAGGAGCUCCUUUCUGUCAGUGCCUCACUGGAUCGAGGAUGUGAGGAAGUAUGCAGGCUCGAACAUCGUGCAGCUGCUGAUUGGGAACAAGUCGGACCUGGGCGAGCUCCGGGAGGUCCCGCUGGCCGAGGCGCAGAGCCUGGCAGAGCACUACGACAUCCUGUGUGCCAUCGAGACGUCCGCCAAGGACUCGAGCAACGUGGAGGAGGCCUUCGUGAGGGUGGCCACGGAGCUGGUCGUCAGGCACGGCGGCCCUCUGCUCAGCGAGAAGGGCACCGACCACAUCCAGCUGGACAGCAAGGACGUCGGGGAGAGCUGGGGCUGUGGCUGCUGACCGGGGGACAGGGCAGGCAGGCAGGGCCCUCCCCACCUCCUCUCUCUUUCUUUCUCUCUCUCUCUCUCUCUCUCUCUCUCUGGCCUGCCGGGCCCCCCUCCAGAGCUGGCCCUCCAUGGCGCCAGUGAUUCUAGAGCAGCCAGAUAAAGUCCUGGAAUGAUCCAUUCCGUGGCCUGGGUACUUGAUGGGAAGGCUACCUUCGAGGAAGGAAGAAGCGGGUGCCUUGUGAGGUAGACCUGGCAUCAUACCAGGUAUCAGGUGUGGGGCCCAUUCUACCAGCCAGGGGCUGUCCCCUCUGCGUCCUUCACAGUCCAAGACUGGCUCCAGGCCUGCCGGGAUGGACCACCAUAGGAGAAGGGGCCAGGACGUGCCUCCCCUGCUCAGCACCGACUGGUUCUGACCAUUCCACUCCUUGCAUCUUGCUGCGGCUAUGGCGGCAGGUGGCUGCCUCCAGGGAUGCAGCUGGUGCAUUGGGUUCUUUGGAGUCAUUCCAGGGCCUCUGUGCAUGAGCCUCAGAGCACGAGAAAAACCGGGCCGACAGACUUGGUUCCUGAGCCCCAGGGAAGCCCUAGCUCUUUCUGGGCAAGGAACCUUCUUCCUUUCUUCACUGCCAGCUCUAAGCUCAGAGAUAGCUUGGGGUUUGGCUUGCUGCCUUAGCAAGACCUCUCAAGUUUUCUCGUUUUCCAUGUAGCUUCUUGUUUGCAUCGGCAUGAGCAUGGGGUCAGGGCCCGCAGCCAAGCAGGGACUGUCUGCUGACUUGGGGCCCGAAGUUUUGCCUCUCAGGUUGCAAAACCAGCUGAUUCUUCAGCACUGACUCUCAGAACUUGGGGGGUUGGGGGAAAAAGGUAGGAAUGUGGACAUUUAAGGGAAAAGGCUGAGGCUAAGGUCUGAGAGGGAUCCUCGGGGUGCCUAGUCUGACCUGUGCAGAAGCCCUUCCUGCCACCCGUGCAGCCGUAGAGUGACAGCUCGCCCACUGCUCCCAGUCUAAUUUGUGGUUUCCGGGACGAAGAAGGCAAGGCCCUGGCAGUUCUGGGUCUGGCCAUGUCCUCCUCCUGGGGCUCUGGGAAGCACACCAGCCUCUGGGGGUAGUUCAGAGGAUCACAGAGACUGAGCUGGGGGAGGCAGGUGAUCUUCCCGUACCACCCAGGCCCUCCGUGUCAGCCCGGUUUAGUCCCUUAGGUACCCCUCUGUAUGGAGCCCCAGGAAGGACACUGCCAUCAGAGCCAUUUGGCAUAUCACAAGCCCACAUCGUGGAUGUGGAGCCCAGGCAGCGCCCUGGGCCCAGCCCCGGCCCUCCAAUGGUGGGCCACAGGUCUCCAACUGACUUCCCUUGCUUUCCACUUCCCAUCCUUUGGCCUGCGUCACCCCCUCUCGCAGGCAGGUUUGACUGCAGAGCCAGAAGCCAGAUCUUCUGCAGCAGCCAGACCCACAGCAGUCUGGUGAAGUAGGGUCGGGCAUGGAAGGCUUCCCUGGCUGAGACCAAGACAAGCAGGGCUGGUGACUCCCUUUCAGGCAGGGAGGCAGGCCUGGGAUUGGCUGAGCCUGGUUCUGGAGAGGAAGGAUGUGGUCUGGUUGGACCAGGAGCUGCUGAGCAGGGGCCUGCACUGAGGGGAACCAGCUCACUGGUAGCCGGGUGGGGUGGCACCUGAGAGUAAGAAGGCCACCUGGCUUCCUUCUUCAGUGGCCUUGCCAGUGGGAUGGGGUGAGUGGGGCCUGGAGCCCAGCUGCUGGCAGGAAGAACUGGUGUCUGCCAGGCCCCUUCACCGCAGUGCCUGGGCUCUACCCUGCAAAGUAGAAUGUGUUUGUGACUAAUGCACAUUCAGGCCAAGGGCAGAGGUCUUCCGCCCUAUGACCUCUUCUGGGGGGUGAUGUUUGUGCAGGCUGGAAGAGAAAUCUCAGGAAGUCUGACCUUGCAGAGACCUGCUGCUUUGGGGGGGGGUGGCGAGGGUGCAGGGGGCCUUGGAGUGCAGGCCUGGGCCUACCCCCAUGAUUGACUUGCAGCCUCAGUUCCUGCUGAGCCCAGAUACGGACCCUGCCCCUUGUUACCUGCUGUCUCUGUGCCUCAGGGUUGGAUUGCUAGGGAACAGGGAGGCCCUCCCUUCCAUUCCACCUCCUUCACAGGGAUGCCCUUGGGAGGCACAGCAACAGGUAGCUGGCUGGUGACAGGGGCUUGGACUAUGAACCAUCCUCCUGCUCCAGACCGAAACCUUGGGGUUAGAGGCCGAAACCUUGCAGGGGCUUGGUCGAGAAGGGAAGAGAGCAGCCGGCCCAGCUAGGACCAGGGAGGUUUCUGCCUGCUGGCAGCUUUUAGCUCACCUAGCAACACUGAAAACACUUCCCUUUCCUGCCUUUCUCAGUCCCAGGGUGUCUUGCCACCACAGCCUCCAGGGGUUUAGCUUAGAAAUCCAGGGGUUGUCUUAGGUUCCUCACUCUCUCCCUACCCUAGCACAGUGCUAGGAUCCCACUUUCACUCUGCCCCCCGCCCCUGCUCUGGACAGGCCCCGGCCUCCCCAGCACACCUCAUGGACCUCCUGGGCCCCUGGGCUUCUAGCUUGGGCAGCCCGAGGCACCCUCCUCCUGCAGUCAGUGUGGCAGUAGUAAAAGGUCAUACUGAUGCUGUCCCCUCACCUUUUGGGGUACCAGGGACCCUCGGGAUACGGUCCAGGCUCUGGAUGUCCAUGGCCUCCACAGCUCUGCCCUGGCUUCUCCCUAGCAUCCUGUCCCCCAGGAGCACCCUCUGUCCAGGCCGCCCCUUCCCACCCACUCUCACCCACUCACCCAGCCUUUAUUUGUGUCGUUUAGAGUCCCACAAAUGACCCACUUGGACACCUCUGAGAACUGGCCCCACGCCAAGCUGGUCCCUUGCUCACAGUAUCCCUUGGCAAAGAUUUGAGUUCUUUGUCACUCUGCCUCAGCGGGAACCAUUUCCUACAGGCUCAAAUAGACCAUUUACAAGCUUCAGGCCCAGAUACAAACGUUCAUGCUCAGGGCCCGACGCUGGUGUGGCCUUGACUGCACACCGGCUGGGCUGCCUGCCUGAAGGGCCCUGUUGGCCAGAGGCCUCACCGUCUCCUGGGUCUCCAUUUUUUGUCACAUGGGGACCCGGACUUGGGUAGGAGAAAGUGGGGAAGUGUUGAGAAAUAAUACAACCCACCUCGGUUUCCUCCCGCAGCAGGCCUGGGCCUUCUGGGGCCAGAGAGCUUCAGCUCUUCCUCUGUUUAUAAAUUACCCAAGAGCAGGAACAGGUCAGGGCAGGGGGUAGGGUGUGGAAGAGGAGGCAGGGGACAGAGGGCGUGGAAGUGCCCUGGCAGCCAGCAGGCCCGGGGAGAGCACCCUCUGUGGGGGUGCAGCCAGUGCGACACAGGCUGAAGAGCAAGAAGACAAGGGACACGGAUCAUGAUUACCGAACCGGAGAGGUGGGGCCCUGUCCUUCCAGAAGACGGGUUCGAGGACAUCAGGCCCCAGAAGGCACGGAGCUGGAGGAAGCUCCUAAUUCAUAUUGAAUUCAGUUACUCUUUCCCAGGAGGGCUGCCAGGGCUGGGGCCUCGGACCCUCCGCACCCCGCUGGCCUGGACCUUUGGGCCGUGGGGAGGGCCUCCACUAAGCCCAAGGAUGCUGUUUGCAUUGGGGGGGAUUUUUCACAUUUCCUAUUUAUGAUACAUAAAUCUUUAUAGCAAAUCUAUUUUUUUUGAAACAUGGAAAAGUUGCCUUUAUGGAAACGGCAGAGCCAGAAUGUACACAUUCCUAAACCAUUAAACAGAUUUCUGCAAAGA